UAAAGCAUAAAGCUUAAUUUUUCAUAGACAUAUGCCCUCAUCUAAAUGAGCAUAAUUUUAUUUUUACUACUAUUGAUAGGACUUUAAAUACUCUAGCUCAAAUUCAAAUUUAUCUCCUCCUCCCCUUUUCCCUCCUCCUUUAGCCGUCUUCCUCCUCUCUUUCUCUCUUUUUUUGCUCUCUUGUUUUCCACCUAUCCACUCCUCCAUUCUCUCGCAGCCAUUCUCUUCUCCUCCAUUUCCUCUCCGCCCUCCUCCUCUCCCUCUUUCCCUUUCUAAGGAAAGCAGGGCGGUGGAUCACCGUCGUCGUCCGCGUUCACUGUACAGUUCGUAAUAUUCGUUCCCCCGCAGCCCAUGAGCAACAAGGUCGGAGUCAUUAGCAUGGCGGCCACGGCGGUGGCCUCGGCCUCGGUGCUCCUCCUCUUCUCCCUCGCCACUCCUGCCUCCGCCAAGCUCUCCACCGCCUACUACCGGGAGACGUGCCCCAAGGCGGAGCAGAUCAUAUCGGACGUGAUCACCGGCAAGCAAAUCUCCACCCCGACCACCGCCGCCGGCACUCUCCGCCUCUUCUUCCACGACUGCUUCGUCGGCGGCUGCGACGCCUCCAUGCUCAUCUCCACCAACGUAUUCAACCGCGCCGAGCGCGACGCCGACGAAAACAUCUCCCUCCCCGGCGACGCCUUCGACACCGUCACCCGCGCCAAGACCGCGCUGGAGCUGCAGUGCCCCGGCGUGGUGUCCUGCGCCGACGUGCUCGCGCUGGCCACUCGCGACCUCGUCGUCACCCUCGGCGGGCCGUUCUACACCGUGCGCCUCGGCCGCAAGGACGCGCUAGCCUCAACUGCCGCCGCCGUCCCCGGGAACCUGCCCAGCCCCAACAUGACCAUGGACCAGCUCAUCCGCGUCUUCGCCAAGAAUAAGAUGACGGUACAGGAUAUGGUGGCGCUCUCCGGCGCUCACACCGUCGGCUUCUCCCACUGCAGCCAGUUCGCCUCCCGCAUCUUCGGCCACAACGGCACCGGCGGCCACGACCCCACGAUGAACUCCAAGUACGCGGAGGAGCUGCAGAGCGCGUGCGCGAACUACCAGGAGGACCCCACCAUCGCCGCCUUCAACGACGUGAUGACCCCGGGGAAGUUCGACAACAUGUACUACCAGAACGUGCUGCGGGGGCUGGGGCUGCUCGCCUCCGACGCGGCGCUGGCGGCGGACAAGCGGACGCGGCCGCUGGUGGAGCUCUACGCCGCCAACCAGACCGCCUUCUUCAGCGAUUUCACCCGCGCCAUGGAGAAGCUCAGCCUCGUCGGCGUCAAGACUGGCAGAAAGGGAGAGAUCCGCCGCCGCUGCGACGAGUUCAACAACCUCUCCUCCUCCUGAUCAAAAGCAAGCUUUACUAAUUUUGUAUUGACGAUAGUUUGUUGCCUUCGUGGCUUCUUCUUCCUCUCCUCUGAAUUUUUCGUGUGAUGAAUAUUCAUGUUCUUCUA